AUCAAAAAGGCAGAGGGAUGCUUCCUCCAUGAAAUGAAAUCUUCUUAUAAAUUCCCCCUUCAAACCUCCCCAUCUUCACCUCUUCCCAUCUUCCCUAUUCUAAGUUCAUCAACUUAAACACCCAAAUGACCAAUCCAAACGUGGCGGUUUCCGACACGCAAUCCGCCAUUGCCAUGGCGAUAACCGCGGCCGCCGCGGUUAACAAUUCAUCCCUCUUCUCCCCCUCCCCUUACAACAUCACCCUGUUUUCAAGAAACAAGUUCCCAAAAAGUAUCGAAGCGGCCACCGCGGGCAAAAAUAUUGGCUGGGUGGAUGCUAUGAGAGCUUCUUCUCCUACCCGAAGCUCAUCCGAAAACAAUCAAGAGAAAAAAGAUUGGAUUAUGAAGCAUCCUUCAGCAUUGGGUGUAUUUGAAGAGAUUAUGAGUGCUGCCAAGAUGAAACAAGUAGUGAUUUUUCUUGAUUAUGAUGGCACUUUAUCUCCCAUUGUUGAAAACCCUGAUCAAGCAUACAUGGCUCCUGAGAUGAGAGAAGCAGUGAAGAAUGUUGCAAAAUACUUUCCUACCGCAAUAGUUAGUGGAAGGUGUAGAGCCAAGGUUUAUAACUUUGUAAGAUUAUCAGAGUUAUACUACGCGGGUAGUCAUGGUAUGGACAUCAAGGGACCGUCAUCUCGCAAGCAUAAGAAGGGAAAUCAGAAUGUACUUUGCCAACCGGCCAAAGAAUUUUUACCAAUGAUGACUGAGGUUUAUGAACUCCUGUUAGAAAAAACUAAGGGGAUCAUUGGUGCCAAUGUGGAAAACAACAAGUUUUGCUUAUCUGUACAUUUUAGACGUGUUGAAGAAGAGAGCUGGAAUGAUCUAGCGGAUCGAGUUAAAUCUGUGCUUAAAGACUACCCUAAGCUUCGGUUGACUCAAGGACGAAAGGUUCUUGAAAUUCGACCAACUAUCAAGUGGGACAAAGGCAAAGCCAUCGAGUUCUUGUUGGAAUCAUUAGGUUAUGCGAACUCAAAAGAUGUCUUACCUGUUUAUAUUGGAGAUGACAGAACAGAUGAAGAUGCAUUUAAGGUUCUUCGAGAACGAGGACAAGGAUUUGGUAUCCUGGUGUCGAAAGUACCUAAAGAAACCGAAGCUGUUUAUUCUUUACAAGAACCAUUUGAGGUUAUGAAUUUUCUUCAACGAUUAGUCACAUGGAAGCGAUCGAUUAUGCGCAGUCAUUAGCGAGUGAAGAGAUUUAAUGCAGAAAAAGAAAGCGACACGUUUCCCUCCUCGAUGUUUUGAAGAUGUGUGGGAUGAUGUUUGUGAAGUCGUUUUCCUGUUUGGAUUAAUAGAUAUAUAGGAAACAACAAUCUUGUAAAUAAUAUCACUUUGUGAUUAUAUGAUCAAGAUGAGAGUACGUUUUGAGCAUGUAUGAGAAAAUUUCAUACAUGUCUCGUGUUAUAUUUCUAAUAUUUCAAACUGUUAUUUUAUCCUAUAAAAUUUCUGUGUUCGUGAAAAAUAUUAUGUAAUUUCUGUUGAUAGAAUCUCUCAUUUUGUAA